AUGCCUCCAAGUCAGAAGCCCGGGGGCAAUUCUGCCUACCGUGAUGUCCAAGGAGUUUACACACACAUCACUGACCCCAACGAACGUCGUCGCAUGGCAUUAGCCGAAGUCGACAAAGCUCCAUUCGGUUGGUAUCAUGUGCGAUUGGUCGUCGUUACUGGUAUUGGUUUCUUUACGGAUGCAUACAGUUUAUUUGCGAUCAACCUAGCAACUAUCAUGUUGGGUAUAGUGUUCUGGCAAGAUGAGAUCCACAAAGGCGUCAUGCCUGCCAAUGCAGACACUGCCAUCAAGGUCGCGACGUCUGCUGGUGCCAUCUUUGGCCAAGUCAUAUUUGGCUAUCUCGCCGAUCUCUUGGGGAGAAAGAAGAUGUAUGGAGUUGAGUUGAUGAUCAUCAUUGGCGCAACCCUUGCGCAGUCCUUAUGCGGCGAGUCGUCGGCCGUAUCCAUCGUGGGCGUCAUCAUCUUCUAUCGAGUCAUCAUGGGCAUAGGAGUAGGAGGAGACUACCCACUUUCUGCAGUCAUAACAGCAGAAUUCGCAAGCACCCAGUUUCGUGGAGGUAUCAUCGCCGCCGUGUUCGCGAUGCAAGGGCUUGGCCAGCUCGCCGCCUCGCUAAUGGCUCUCAUCGUUGUUGUUGCUUACAGGAAGCACCUAGAGCCUAUUGCUUCAGUCGCCGCCUGCACGGGAGAUUGUGCUCAAGCCGUUGAUAGUAUGUGGAGGAUCAUCAUUGCAUUUGGAGGAGUGCCCGGAUGGUUCGCGCUCUACUACCGACUCACGAUCCCGGAAACGCCCAGAUUCUCAGCAGACAUAACGUACGACAUUGAGAAAGCAUCGAUGGAUGCGCGCAAAUAUCGAUACGGAAAAGAAGGCAAUGCACUCAAUCCCGUCCUCCAGGCCCAAAGUCGGCGCGACAUGGAAAAGUACAAGACGCCAAGACCGACACUCAUCGAAGUGCUCAAAUUCUUCUCAAAGAGAAAGAACGCACUCAAACUCGCAGGAACAUCUCUUUCAUGGUUCUUUUUGGACCUGGCGUUCUACGGCCUCGGGUUCUCUUCUGCCUCCCUGCUUUCCACCAUGGGCUUUGAUAAGAAAGCAAACCUGUAUGAAAAUCUGAAGAACACCGCCACGGGGCAACUCGUCCUUAUAUGCGCGGGAGCGAUACCAGGGUACUGGAUGACGGUCUUCACCGUCGACAAGAUAGGCCGCAAACCGAUCCAGAUCGCCGGAUUCGCCAUCCUGACCAUCAUCUUCUGCGUCCUCGGCUUCGCAUGGAAACAGCUGGACAAAGUCCAUCUCCUCGCCCUCUACGUCCUGGCACAAUUCUUCUUCAACUUCGGACCAAACGCAACGACGUUCAUAUCACCCGCAGAAGUCUUCCCCACCCGCGUCCGCUGCACCGGACACGGCUUCUCCGCCGGCAUGGGCAAGCUAGGCGCCGUCAUCGCACAAGUCGUCUUCGCACCUAUGAUCAAGCGCGGUGCCACCCACGAGAACCCUGUGCCCUGGGUACACUCCGUAAUGCAAAUCUUCGCGCUGUUCAUGUUCCUAGGCAUGUUGACCAGCCUCCUGGUCCCCGAGACGAAGAGACUGAGGCUGGAAGCAAUCUCUGGAGAGAAGAACGAUGGGUACCAACUGAAGUUUAGGACUGGCCUGUACGCGACGUCGACUAUCGAGGCUGGAGAGGAUAGAUCAAGCAGAGAGGUCGAGGCAGGGAGGGGAGUAGGCGGUGUCGCGAGAAGUGGGAGCGGGAAUCGGAAGUGGUGGAAGCUCAAGUGA